CCGACGUGUUUCGGGCGACGCUUCCGCUGAGCUUUCCGAUGCUGCUGGAUGCCGGCACGCCGUCGAGCGUCUUCGACGGUCCGACAAUACAGCCGAACAAGACCAGCUAUGACCACGUGUGCCACAUGCCGAAGGGCGUCUUCGAUGGCGACAGCGAGUGUGUCUACGCCAUCCGGCAGACGGCCACUGGUGGCGCCGAGCUCGCCUUGUACGCGGGUCCCGAGGAACUGGCCGCGCGCAUGCGCAGCUCGUACUACAGCAAGAUCGGGGACACGACGGUCGCCGUGUACGACAUGUACCUGGACGACUUCGGCGGGAACUGCAUGUCCACCGGAGGGGCGACAACGAAGCUCUCUCCCCUGGUGGCUGCUAUCGCCGAGACGGGACUGUGACCUUGGCCUCCGCGAUCAACUGUUUGCCUGAGCUAAUCUCGGAGGCCAUGCUGUGACCGCGAAUUCGGCUCAAUGUGGCGCUGACGCUGCUUAGUCGCCUGAUACAAGGGUGGCGCCGCUCCUGACUUUAGUUUCGUGCCCAUGUUUAAACUAUUGCCGCCGUAUCAUGCACUGAGAUUAUUGUUAUUUAUACAUACUGAACUCGAUUUCUAUGUAUACUGUUCGCUACAAAGAAAACAUGUUUUAGAUCAUCAUU